UUCGUUAAUUCAGCCAUUCGUUGAUCUCAGCGAGUAAAAAAUCACGCGCGAUAGCCAAAGGCGACGCAGGGAGAGAGACGAGGAGGAGGAAGAUGAGAGAGACGGUGAAGUUGAUAAGCAUGGAUGGUUUCGAGUUCGUGAUCGACAGGGAAGCCGCCAUGGUUUCACAGACUAUCAGAAGCAUGCUCACUUCUCCAGGUGGGUUUUCGGAAUCCAAAGAUGGCGUAGUGACUUUCCCUGAUAUCAGCACUACAAUUCUAGAGAAGAUCUGCCAGUACUUCUAUUGGUCUCUUCAAUACUCCAGAGGCAAAGAGACUGAGUUCCACAUCGAGCCUGAACUGACCUUGGAGCUGAUGAUGGCUGCUAAUUAUCUUCACACUUGAAGAGUUUAUAUGAUAGACAUUAAACUCUUAUUCGGGAUAGUGUAGUUUUCCUUUGUAACCAUAAGAUGUGAAUCCUCAUGUGGGGUGGUUAUAAGUGUUAACGUUUGACACAAAUGGUAUGCUUGGGUUCGCGCAUAACUAUUGAAUAGCUCCGAGUGAAAACUGUCUACUUUUUUUACUA